CGACCGGACAGUUCGCGCGCGGCCACGCUAUCACGCAGUCGUCCCGGUCAGAGGAUCCGCCCAGAGGAAGUCGCCUCUUCUUUAAGGGGUAUCAAAGUUAACUCAGCGCAGCGGUGCGGGGGUGAUACUGGGUGAUAUCCGACUCUCGGCUGUCGGUGAAUCGCGAUCGCACGCCGCUGGCAGAUCGUCCUCUGCGUCCCUCAGGCGUGCACGCCUGCCGCGAGGAUUAACGCCGUGUACUCUAUACCAUUCGUCAUGAUGUGGGCAACGUUGCUGUCAGGAUUUGUUCUAUUGUUGGCGAUAUCACCGGGUCUUGCACGGAGCGUCGGUGAUGCCGAAGGCCGAUGGAAGCGCAGUGUCGACUUGAACGAUGUGUACUACUCGAAAAUGCGCCAAUACCGAUUACCGAGCGAAGUUACGCCGAUCAGUUACCACUUGGAUAUCAAAGUACCCUUCAUCGAGAGCAACCAGUUUAACGGCCGCGUGAAGAUCAAUUUUACCUGGUCUGACACCAGCGACAGAAUAACAUUGAAUGUUCACCCCAAUCUUGAAAUUUCAUUAGUCACCGUUAGAUUGAUUAAAUUGCCAGCCGAUGAAAAGAUAGACGACAAUCCCUAUUUCAAUAUUGCAAGGACCGAACGGUUAACUAGGAAAUCCUGGUAUAUUAUUCAUCUAGAACAAAUGUUGAAAAAUGGAAGUGCCUGCGAAGUUGAUAUCACGUACUUUGGAAAUUUUACGACUAAUGAGACUACUGGCUUUUAUAAAAAUUCAUACAUGGAUUCCGAGGGUCGCAAACACCCCUUCAUUGCCACUUGGUUACAAUUGGACAACGCGCAGAAGAUGUUCCCCUGCAUGGACGAAUCGCAGUACAAAGCGACUUUCAGGCUAAGUCUACUGUAUCCUAAAGGCUUAACGGCAUGCACAAACACGCCGGCAAUCUCUCGGCACGAAUCGUCUGACAAGAUCGAGGAAGAGUUUGCGGAGACACCUCGGAUGUCGACUAAUCAAUUUGCUCUCGUGAUAUCCGAUCUGCAGAGUAUCGAGCCCACGAAGGAAAUUAACGAGAUGAAUGGGAAGAGGCUGCAGGUGAAGGUUUGGGGCCGCAAAGAAUUCAUGGAGUCGCUGCUUCAUGUUCCCAACAAAGUUGUGAGAAUCAUUAAUUAUUUGCAAGAUUACUUCAAUAGCUCCUUCGGUUUACCGAAAUUGGACAUCAUGGCGAUUCCCAUGUACAGCCCUUCCAAAGCUUCUGACAAUUGGGGUCUCGUGUUCUUCAAGGAAAGUGAACUCAGCAGUCAGCUAGUCUGGACCACUGCGUACGAGCUUCUCUACCAAUGGUUCGGCCAAGCUAUCACGCCGUAUCAUCGAAAUGACGCGCCGGUUAACAAAGCUCUUAAUUCAUUUUUAGCGUCCAUGGCGACGAUCGAGCUUAAUCCGGAUGAGAUGGAAGGAAAGUGGCCAAUGACGAUGUUAUAUCCUCUGUAUUACGAAUUUGCGCAGACAGCACCUUUCUCAAGAGUGGCUGGUAUCAGGCAAGAAGCAACAUGGACAAAAGCCGAGUUAGUUUUCCGAAUGUUUAAUUACACUCUUGGGCGCGACGUGUUCCAGAGGAGCGUGAGGAAUUUCUAUCAUCAGCAAUCGAAAGAAGAUCGCAGAACCUUCUUCGCCAACGAUGUUUUCACUUAUCUGAACGAUGUGGCGAACGAGACCAACAAUCUGCCACCAGGUCUGACCAUCAACGGCAUCGCCGCUUCGUGGAUUAAUCGGGACAGAGUGCCGUUGGUCACGGUCAUGCGUGAUUACGACACUGGAAAAAUUAAUCUCACUCAGAAAGUCUAUUUGAGAGACGUACCACCGCAAUCGACGGCGAAAGUAUCAUAUCAGUGGGAUAUCCCGCUCGUGAUGCAGACACAAGAUAAAUUGAACUUCCAAAAUACCAAACCGACUGUAUGGCUAAAAAAAGAUAGUACGAAUAAAAUCUCUAUCCCGGACAUCACUACUAAAGAUAAUUUUAUCAUUGUGAAUCCUGAAGAAAUAGGUAUGUUUCCAGUGGAUUACGAUGGGUGCAACUGGAGGAUGCUGUCCGAUUAUUUGCGAGGACCAAAUCGUGAGAAGAUACCUCCGCUAACGAGAGCGAAGCUUCUGCACGACGCAUGGAAUUUGGCGUACGCCGGCGAGCUGUGCUUCGGCCUCGCGAUGAACAUGACUCUCUUCCUCAAGGAGGAAAAUAGCCACGUGGUUUGGGAGCCGGUAUUCACAAUGAUCGAUCAUAUCGGCCGGCGGAUCGAGGGCUUGGACGUGUAUUUGAAAUUCGAGGCGUACAUUCGAAGCUUAUUAAAGCCCCUCUAUUUGAAACUUGGAGACACUCCGCAACCCGAUGAACCCUCCUGGAAAUCUCACAUGCGCGGCCUUAUACAAAACUUCCUUUGUCAUGCUGGAUACGAACCUUGUGUCAAGGAAGCGCGGAACCAGUUUAAGAAGUGGUUGACCGACGAGGAACCGGACAAAGGAAAUCCGGUCGCCAAUAAAUUCCUUUGCCCCGUGUUCAAAUGGGGCACCGACGAGGAAUGGGAGUUCGGGUUGCAGCGCGUCAUAAAUUUCCCGAAGACCAGUCUGGCUAGAAAGCAAAACGAGCGCACCUACCUACUGAAGACCCUCGCCGGGUGUCCGAGGGAUGCGAACAAGAUCGAAAGGCUGCUGCAAGUGACUGUGAUGGACCAGAAUGAGAAUUUCACGGACCCGGACAUCCAUCUGAUCUUCAGUAUGCUGACCGGUAGCGCGACCGGCUACAAAACCCUGUUCAACUUUUUACACGAACAUUGGUACACCGUGAAGGAGCGGUUCGAAAACAAGACGUUCCUCUGGGACGGCAUUGUCAAUUUUGCCACGUCGUCAUUUAACACGCAAGAGGGCUACGACAUGGUGAACAAGCUCUACCAGGAUCACCAGGACGAAUUCGAGACGGCGGAUGCCAUCAUUAAGAAGGCGCUGAGGGUUAUCAAUCAGGAGACCAAAUGGAAUGAGGCGAACGUACCUGUGAUCGAUAAAUGGCUCAUGGAGAAUCUAUCUAAAGAGGAUCUGGAGACGAUUGCGGCUUCGACAUCCGGGCCAUCCAUCCUUCCUACAACCGCCGUGCCGACAACGAUCAAACCGCAGGAAACUCGAAUUCAUGGAUGAAUUAAUCGAACCUCGCAUCCGGCGCUACGGCAUUCUCCAUAAAGAGAGUAAUAAUCUAUAGCUUCUCAGCUGCUACGAGGCGUAUCCGAUUUCUCCUUUCCCAUAAUUAUAGUGGUAACUUCGCUUGCUUUGACAAAAUAGGUAGAUAGCGUCGCACAAUUAACUUCGCUCCUUUGUAUUUAAUUUUUAUGAAAUUUAACGUGAUGUAGUAACAAGUGUAGAAAUAAUCCUUAAAUCAAAUGUAACGCAAGGAAUUUUAAAAAAUCAAACGUUUGGAGACGCGACAGCGUGAUUAAAAUGCGACGAAUGUAACUUUCUCCUUCCUCUCCUCCACCUCUCCCCCUUCUACAGAUACAGUAAUUUAGAAGAGUCGAUUUCGCGAAAGUAAUGUACUAUAUAUUUAAAUUUUUAUUUUUUUUAAUCGAAUAAAGAGAUUGACAUCGCUCGUGAUACGUUUAUUCUACAGAUAACAGGAUAAGAUGUUUUUCUCAGGAAAAAAAUAUAUAUGAAGGCAUCAUUCUCGUAAUUAAUAAGAGGUAAUUUAGGUAAGAUUUAAUGUAAAGUUUAUCUCUAUGAAUAAAAUUAAUACUAUAU